CCGCUUAUCUCUCGUGACCUCCGCCGCGUCCGCACGCGUACUCGCGCCACGGUCCGCUCGCUCCGACUCGCGCCGCGAUCGCGAUAUGUCGCCGCAUCGACGGCCCAUUCAUGUGCUUGAAUAUCGAUUUACUCUAUAUUUCAUGAAAAGUCUACGUCUAGAUUUAUCGUACUGAACAAAGUGCUAACGUAUUUGUUUUUCUAAGACUGAAGUGUUAUCUAUAACUUAGCCCUCGAGGUACGGACUCGACGAUGGUGUCGGAAGGGGCUUUGCCCGUAGUAUGGUGUAUGCGCGAUAACCAACUUGUGCCUCAUCAAGUGUCGGGUGUUAAAUUACAGGGAGCCGUCACUGGGGCACACAUUGCUGCCGUUACAGACUUUUUGCGUAUGGUCAGUGGGACUCCUAUUAUCUUACCUCAUACGGCAGUCUCUGAAAAUAUAGACUAUGACACAACUAAAGAGAGCCAGAGUACAACGAGACGACGAAAAAUGUCCAUGCAGGUCGAAGUUCCUUGUGUGUUUUUGUCCGAAAGCGCAUUACAGAAAGCUAAAAGUAGAAGUAAUUCUUUAGAGGAAAACACUAUGUUAGAAAACUCUUUAGCGAUAACACAGGAGAAUCCUGACGUGUCCCAUAGUGCUAAUGUCGAAAGCCCUCUGCUGGACAGACAAACGUCUGAAAAUGAUUCUCCGCGAAUUAGGAUUAUUGAAUUAGAUAAAUCUAAUACAGACACAAUAAAGAAUGACAAAGAACCAAUGCAGCGAAUAACUAGGAUAAUCGAAUUCGAAAACGACGAUGAAUUCUCAUCGAUCACGUCGGUGAGGGAAGAAGAUACCAAAGUGCCACAAAAAAUUACUAGAAUAAUAGACCUCAAUGCCCCAAUUACAACAAUAGUAGAAACAAAUUGUGAUCAUGGUGAUGAAAGUUUAAAGAAGAAAUUUAGAGUAGAACCUGUCAAAGAAGAAAGUUUUCCAAGUAUGGCUAAGAUCAUAGAAAUGGAAAACGAGAAGUCGAAUGAGAGGAGGAUAUCCCUCACGAGCGAACGAGAAAUUAGCAGUGGGAAUUUCGGUAACAGUAAUGACGAUGUUUUUUCGAAACCUAAAACAGUACAAAGAAGUAGACUUAGUGUUGACUCGUCCUGUUCCGAAAACUCUUAUGCUAAUAUAGAAACGAUAAGGAGUUUACAAGAUUUAAGAAAAUGCGAUUUGACUGACUUCAAUAAUAGUCUAGAUUCUUUCACGAAUUGCAAACCUGUAAUCCGGUCUCGGUUUCGAAGGAAAAAGAAUUCUGUUUGUUCUAUCGGUUCUUCUGACUGCGACGAAGAGGUAGAUGUAAUUUUUAAAUCAAAACCUAAGUCUAGUCAAUGGGUAAGUUUAGAUUGGAUACCGCCCCCGACAAAAGAAGAGCCAGUCAUAGGACAGACUAGCUACAAAAGUGAUUUCAUAUCCAAAUGGUUAGCGGACCAAAAUUCUCAAGAAUCGUGUAUUCUUUCUGACGAAAGAAGAAGGAGCCUUCCUCCGAAAUCAAAUGAGAUUUAUUUACAAACAAUGAGACGAUUCAGUGAUAGCUUGCAAAUAUGCAAAGAAGAUGCAGCUAGUGAUUCUCCUGCUACAAUUAAAUGGAAAUGGCAGGAUAUGGUGAAGAGGCAUUUACAAAUAUUAAAAAGCGACAAAGGUUUUCGCCGCCAUAGAGGCAGCUGGGUACGCCCUGGAAGCCGACUGUCAAACUCUAACGCGAACAACAAUUCUGAGGCUGCCCCUUUAGAUAACUACAUGAAGCUAAACUCUAUGCCAUGGUACUUCCGUAAGAUAAAGCGAAUCGAAGCAGAGAAGAAAUUGCUUCUGCCGGAAAACGAACAUGGCGCCUUCCUCAUACGAGACUCGGAGAGUCGACACAACGACUUCUCUUUAUCAGUCCGCGACGGAGACACGGUGAAACACUACCGCAUCCGGCAACUCGACGAGGGUGGGUUCUUCAUCGCGCGCCGCACCACCUUCCGCACUCUUCAAGAGCUGGUGGAGCACUACAGCAAGGACGCCGACGGCCUCUGCGUUUCGCUGAGCAAGCCCUGCGUGCAGGUAGAGAAACCCGUAACGGAGGGAUUGUCACACAGAACGAGGGACCAGUGGGAGAUCGACAGAUCCUCGCUCAAGUUCGUCAGAAAACUAGGACAUGGGCAGUUCGGUGAAGUGUGGGAGGGCCUGUGGAAUAACACCACCCCCGUUGCCAUUAAGACGCUCAAAUCCGGGACGAUGGAUCCGAAGGAUUUCCUGGCUGAGGCGCAAAUCAUGAAGAAGUUGAGACACGGCAAACUGAUACAGUUGUAUGCCGUGUGCACGCUGGAGGAACCGAUCUAUAUUAUCACGGAGUUGAUGAAGAAUGGCUCCCUUUUGGAGUAUUUGCAAGGUAAAGGACGAGGCCUCAAACUGCAACUGCUGAUCGACAUGGCGGCUCAAAUCGCCGCCGGCAUGGCUUUCCUCGAAUCCCAGAACUACAUCCAUCGGGACCUCGCCGCCAGAAACGUGCUGGUCGCAGAGCCCACCGUAGUCAAGAUCGCCGACUUUGGACUCGCUAGAUUAAUUAAGGAGGACGAGUACGAGGCGCGCGUUGGCGCCCGUUUCCCGAUCAAGUGGACGGCGCCCGAGGCGGCCAACUACAGCAAGUUCUCGAUCAAAUCCGACGUGUGGUCGUUCGGUAUACUGCUCACCGAGCUCGUCACGUACGGCCGGAUACCUUAUCCAGGCAUGUCGAACGCGGAAGUCCUGCACCAAGUAGAGCACGGGUACCGCAUGCCGUGCCCGCCCAACUGCCCCCCUCCCUUAUACGAGAUCAUGCUCGAGUGCUGGAACAAGGACCCGUUGAAGCGGCCAACCUUCGAGACUCUCCAGUGGAAGCUGGAGGACUUCUUCACGAUGGACAACUCGGAGUACAAGGAGGCGUCCGCCUACUGAGCCCGGCCCUCCCUGCCGGCCCACCGACACGCACAUGCGAUACACAAUCCGGGGCUAUACCACAUGCCGGAGUUGCACCUGCAGCUGCACGGCAGCGCGUCGAUGCAGCACCUCGCGCCGCACGCCAGCGCGUCCAUGCAGCACCUCGCGCCGCUCGCGCCCCACCCGCACCACGCCCCGCGCCGCGCGUGCCCGCACC